AUGCCAACACCUGUUUAUAAAGAGGAAGAAGUUGACAUCAGUAACAGAUUAAUUCGAGAUGAAUUGUGUUAUAAUAGACGCGCUUUGGCAGAGGAACAUGAAGAGUUAGUAAAGAAUUUGACAGCUGAGCAAAAUUGUAUUUAUAAAAGAAUAAUAACAGCUGUGAAUGAAGAUAAAGGUGGUCGAACAGGUCAUUCAAGAUUUGUAAUUCCACUCAAUCUUACCAAAGAUUCAACAUGUAAUAUCAAGCAAGGUUCUCCGUUACCAAAUUUGAUUGUCAAGGCAAAGUUGAUUAUUUGGGAUAAGGCACCCAUGAUGCAUAGAUAUUGUUUUGAGGCUCUUGAUAGAACUCUAAGAGAUAUUCUUAGUGUAGACAUGUAA